AUGGCGACCGUGGCGCAGCCAGCUGACGUGCGUAAACAUCCCACGUCAGUUGGUCGUCCGUUCUCAGGUUCGCGGGUAGCGGUCUUGGACGACAACGGCAAGCCGGUACGCGGGUCUGCGAAGGGCAGAAUCUUCGUUGGCCAUCACGCGGCCUUCGAGGGCUAUACCGGCGGCGGAAGCAAAGAGAUCAUCAACGGUCUGGUCUCGACCGGAGACAUCGGGCACUUUGAGCGUGGCCGGCUGUACAUCGACGGCCGAGACGAUGACAUGGUGAUCUGCGGUGGUGACAAUGUUUACCCCGGCGAAGUUGAAGAACUCCUGCUCUCACACCCAGCAGUCAUGGAUGCAUGCGUAAUCGGCGUGCCCGAUGCUGAGUUUGGUCAUCGUCUUCGCGCUGUGCUCGCGCUGCACAGCGGUAGUUCACUCCAGGCCGACGAAGCGCGUGACUUUAUCGCAAGUCAAUUGACUGAAUUCAAGGUGCCCCGGGACGUCAUCUUUGUCGAUGAGAUUCCCCGCAAUCCCACCGGUAAAGUGCUUAAGCGUGUGCUCGGCGACGAUAAGUUGAUGCCGAACUCUAUCGGCUGA